UAUAAUUUUAGCUAUUUGUGCAAAAUUACAGGCCGUUUGAGCAAUAGAAAAGAAGCUCAAGAAUAUAACUAUAUAUUGUUGAAUCAUAAUAGAAGAUGCAUAAGUGUGAUAUCAGGUAAAGAAAAAUAGUGUCUGCUCAAAGUCGAAAGUACACUCUCACCAUCCGGGUUCUAUCUCACAUGCAGCCUCUCUCUCAUUCACAAAAAUGGCGUCCGGAGCUCAAGACAUCGGUCAAUUGCCCCCGAAAAAGACUGGAGCCGCUGCAAAAUGGGCCGGUUUUGUAGACUUCUUAUGGAAUUCUGAAAGGAAAGAAUUCUUAGGAAGAAAUUGUAUGAGUUGGAUUCAAAUUUCUUUAUUCUACUUGGUCUACUACACACUUUUGGCUGGAUUCUUUGGAGCAUGUCUCGCUAUUUUCUUCACAACGAUCGACAUGAAUCGGCCAAAAUAUAUUGGCAAAGACAACAUUCUUCGUGAUCUACCAGGUAUGGGCUAUAGACCAAUGCCCGACUUUGAGACCACUUUGAUCAGAUUCGAGCAGGGAAAGCCAUCUAGCUACAAGCUCUACACAGAUCAUAUUCAGGCAUUCUUGGAUCAAUAUGAAAAUGAGAGACAGGUUGGUGAAAACUACGUUGAUUGCUCUAACAGUGAAAGAACUGACCCUGAGAAGGUCUGUAGAUUUGAAGUGAGAGAUCUUGGUGCAGAGUGCACAUGGCAGAAAGAUUUUGGAUAUGAUGAGGGAAAACCAUGUGUACUCCUCAAGUUAAACAAGAUCUAUGACUGGGUACCAGAAGCCCUUAGCAAUCCAAAUAUUACAGGAGAUCCUGGAAGAUACAGAGAAAAAGAUAUCAUGAUCACAUGUCAAGGAGAGAACCCAGCUGAUGACGAAAACAUUGGACCUGUGAAAUUCUGGCCAGCUUCUGGUAUGCCAUUCCAGUUUUUCCCCUACAGAAACCAGUUAGGAUACAGAGCUCCACUAGUUAUGGCUCAAUUUGAGAAUCCAGCAAAUGGCGUAGUUAUCCAAGUCAGAUGUAUGGCCUGGGCAAACAACAUCUACCACCAUAGAAAUGAUAAAAUGGGCAGUGUGCAUUUUGAGUUAUUAGUCGAUUAAAAAAAAUUAGGACUUAAGCUAUGCAUUGUUUUUACAUGUACACCAUUUUAUGACCUGUAGUUUUGACUUUAUGUCACUAUGUACAGUGGUAAUUCUGAAAAUGGCAGAGAUAUCCUUGAAAAUUAUGAUCAUGAUCACUAGAAGAAUCAGGAAAAUUUGUGAUUUAUACUAACAUUUUUACUAUCAAAUCAUUUACUAUAUGGGUAUUUUUGUCAUUUUUAGGACUAAAAUAAUUAUGUGUUUUGAAUAAACCACUGUAUAAUUAAUCUUUUUUACAUUGGGAAAUAUACACUCCCAGACAGAUAUAAUGUUAAUUCUACCUAUAGUAAGGAGUGAUGUUCAAUCUAAAGUUGCGUGCCAGUUACAUGUACUAGAUUCUGACCUGUACAGGUACAAAUUGUUAUCAAAACAUUUGACUUCAUGCUCUUGAUUAUCAUAUUUUGUACUAUCUUAUAUGGUAUGAUUUUAGUUUGUGGUGCAGUAAAGUUGUAAAUGACUGUUCUUUUAGCACAUUAUUAUCAUGGAGUACUAGAAGAAUCUCCAAGAUAAUUGUUUAAAUAAAAUUAGACAUGGUGAAAAUAUUCUUAAAGAUCUGUUGGUAAUAUUGAGAUUAUGUCAUGACUUACUGCAUUGAACCAAAAUAUUCCCUAUUUUGUUGUAUUAAAGGGUCAUGUUUCAUUCCUCUGAAGUUUUC